GGCUUAUAAGACUGAAUUGGUUAAAGGGUCCUUGUUUGGUUGCCAUUCUAAUGUAGCACUUUAUUAGGUCGUUCAAUUUGAGAAAUAUUCCUUUGAUAUUUUAUCUUCUGACUCAUAACCAAACAUGGCCAUGAUGAACGUGUUUUACUUCUUCAGAUAUGUAAACAGAACCCGUGAACCUCUCUACUUAAACAUUGUAUCUAACUCCUAUAUAUAAUAAACUUUAAUUUAUAAAUCAUUCACAUUCAGCACACUCACUUGUUCAUCGCACAUGGAUUCAGGUAAUAAUGAUCCCGAAAUCAACAACGACAAAAGCAUGCUCCAGUUCGAGCAUUUUGACGUAGUGCAAGCCGAGCCAACCGACCAUUACUAUUACCAGAUCAACUCCAACAAGACCAAACAACAAUCUUUCACUAACGCCAAUACUCCCGUCUACGCCAAAAUCAUGAAAGAAUGGAAAAUCCUAAGUAAAAACCUCCCCGAUUCAAUCUACGUCAGAGUCUACGAAUCAAGAAUUGAUCUCCUCCGUGCCGCCAUACUCGGCCCGGCCGGAACACCCUACCACGACGGAAUAUUCUUUUUCGACAUUCUCUUGCCCUACGACUACCCCAAAAGCCCACCUAAAGUCUACUAUCGCUCGCACGGGUAUCGUUUAAAUCCAAAUCUUUACAAGAAUGGGUAUGUUUGUUUAAGCCUGAUAAAUACAUGGUCAGGUAAGAAAAUCGAGAAGUGGACGCAAGAAUCAACUCUUCUUCAGAUUCUGGUUUCGAUCCAGGGGCUUGUCUUAAACGAGAGGCCGUAUUUUAACGAGCCUGGAAUUAGAUAUUUCAAAGAUAGUAAGAGUUGUAAAUGGAUAAACAGGUCCAUUGAGUACAGUGAGGAUGCUUUUGUUCUUUCGUGCAAGACGAUGCUGCAAGUUAGGGCAAAGCCGCCGCAGAAUUUCGAGGGUUUUGUGGCUCAACAUUUUCGUGACAGGGCAGCUAAUAUUUUAGCGGCGAUUAAGGUUUAUCACGAGGGUCGUGUGCUGGUUGGUCAGUUUCAUGAGAUGGAUAACAGUGACAAUAAUAUUGCAUGCGUUAAGGUUUCUCCGAGAUUUAAGGAGAAUUUGACGAGGUUACAUUCUCAGUUCAAGAAAGUGUUUCCUGAAGUGAAAUGUGAGCCAAUUAUUAAUGUGAGUAUAUCAGCAGAGAAUGCGAACAAGAAAGCAAUAUUAUCUAGUAAUGCUAAAGUUAAUAAUAAAGGGUUUUGGGGAAAACUUAUCAGCAGCUUUGCAAAAUGUUUUAUACCAUGAAGAAAUUGAUUAUUAGUUCUGGAAAUUAGAAGUGCUAUUGAAUUAUAUUUAUGUAUGUGUAAUGGAUGUUAAUACUAUCCUGUUUUUUUUUUUAUUAAUUGUUGAUUAGAUUAUGUAUAUUUAUUAUUAUUAUAUGUUG